UCCAAUACAAUAUACACUUUAGACCGAGCUUCAUGCGUGUGAAAAAAAAAUAAAAUUAAAAAAUAAGUCGGUGAACCAAAUAAAACUUCUCGUGUUAAUUGAAUGUAGUGCAAUGUUUUUUGAUUAAAAAAGUAUAAAAAAAAAAUUAAAUUAAAAUCCUGUGACAUGUGCUAUUUUUUUUAAAGGCGCUAUGUACGGCCAGGCUACGCUGACAAAAAAUCUAACAAAAGCCGGAUAGACCGGACAGUGACGAAAAUAGAAAAUAAUUAUCAAAAUGCGGGUAUCAAUAUAUCUAUGUAUUAUUCUAAACAUAUCCGGAGCAUCGUUAGAAAGAUAUAAUGUUUUUGAUUUCUGGACGAAUUUAUUCCGACCACUACCCCGCAACAAAAUAGAAGGAUUUGUACCUGACUACACUCCUAAAGACGGUCAAGAAUAUGAUUUUAUUGUGGUAGGAGCUGGAUCAGCCGGUUGCGUUUUAGCCAAUCGGUUAUCAGAAGUUUCUCAAUGGAAGGUGCUCCUCUUGGAAGCAGGUGGCAAUGAAAAUUACUUUUCAGACAUUCCGAUAUUUGCUCCUUUUCUGUCAAUAACUCCCAUGAAUUGGGGUUACGCUUCUGAACCAGAAGAAAAGGCCUGUCGAGAUCUCAGAGGAAAGGUGUGCUAUAUGCCUCGCGGUAAAGUUCUCGGCGGAAGCAGUGUUCUUAAUUUCUUAAUAUAUCAACGAGGUCAUCCUGAGGAUUACAAUGAUUGGGUUCGAAUGGGUAAUAACGGUUGGAGUUAUAACGAAAUACUGCCGUACUUUAAGAAAUCUGAAAAUAUAAAAAUAAAUGACUUAAGAAGUUCAAUCUAUCAUGGUGUAGGAGGAUAUUUAGACAUUGAACAUUCCAAGUAUUCUACUCCUUUAAAUGAAGCAUUUAAGGAGGCAGGUGAAGAACUUGGCUACGAAUGGAACGAUCCUAAUGGGGAAAAAGUAAUUGGUUUUUCAAAGCCUCAGGCUACUAUCCGGAACGGUAGACGAUGUAGCACAUCCAAAGCUUUUUUAGAGCCGGUGCGUUUUAGAAGAAAUUUAAAAAUUUCAAAGCAUUCAACCGUUACGAAGAUUUUAAUUGAUCCAAUUACUAAAGUAGCAAAUGGAGUGGAGUUCGUGAAAAAUGGCAAGAGGAAAAGAAUAUUUGCGCGACGAGAAGUUGUUUUGGCAGCUGGAACUAUCGGUUCGGCCCAAUUGCUGAUGCUAUCUGGUAUAGGUCCGGAGGAACAUUUGAACGAACUUGGCAUUAAAACUCUAGCCAAUUUACCUGUUGGCUACAAUCUACAAGAUCACAUCACAUUUUCAGGAAAUGCUUUCAUUGUCAAUACAACGAAUUUAUGCGUAAACGAUAUUUUAGCGGCAUCGCCAACAUCUGCAGCACUGUAUAUGCUGGGACAAGGCCCACUUACUAUUCCUGGUGGCGCAUCGGGAUUAGCCUUUACCCAAACCAAAUACGGCCAAGACCUUGGCGAAGGCCGGCCUGAUAUGGAGCUGGUAAUGGGAGCCGGUUCCCUAGCUGGAGAUUUACUUGGAAUAAUACGAUCUAUGCUGGGUGUAACGGAUGAGUGGUACAAAGAAGUUUACGGGUCACUAUCACUUCAAGAUCGUGAGAAUUCUUUCGCGCUGAAUCCUAUUCUAAUUCGACCCCGCAGCGUUGGACGCGUAUCUCUGCGUACUACAAACUUCACAGAUCAACCUAGAAUACAACCUAACUAUUUUAACCAUCCAGAUGACUUGCUAGCUAUAAAAGAAGGCGUGCGAUUUGCUCAAAGAAUAAUUAAUACGAAAGCAUUUCAACGAUACGGCACAAGAUUACACGACACGCCUUUCCCUAAUUGUAAAAACUUUGCCUUUAAUUCUGAUGAAUAUUGGGAAUGUGCUAUAAUGCAGACUUCGAUAACAUUGGACCAUCAGGUAGGUACUUGCAAAAUGGCACCAUCAGCUGACCCAACAGGAGUAGUAUCACCCAGAUUACUAGUACAUGGAAUCAAAGGAUUAAGAAUAGCUGAUGCGUCAGUUAUCCCACGUAUACCAGCUUCACACACACAUGCUCCUGUUGUUAUGAUUGCAGAAAAAGCAGCAGAUCUUAUAAAAGAAGACUGGAACACGCCAAUACAACCUUUAUAAUGAAUACCUCAUUCAUCGAUGUUUAAACGUUACGUAAAACCAAAGAAACCAAUUAGCAUAAAUAUUGAUUUAGUAUUAUGUUAAUUUUGUAUUAAGAACUUAACGUCGAAUUAUGUAUAUUGUCUAUUUCGAAUAUUAUCAUACCUAUUCUCAUGGUUUGCCAAUGCACAAGGUAUUCCGGGUACGCAACUAGUAUGAAACUACACCUUUCCAUAUAUUUUUAUUCAUUUAUUUCUGUUGUACAAUUUACAUAAUGUGAUAACCCUUCAAUAUUACAUUCAUUUCAGGCGAUUAUUCGAUUAAUUCAGAAUGUUUAGU